UUUGGCACUACCGCAGGCCAGCAGUUUUUGAAAUCCGCCAUUUUGAGUUGCUGAGGUUUUAGCUUAGAAAAUGAGCGAAGAAACGGCACCAGAAGAAAAGCCAAGCGAGCUCACAGAGGAGCAGAAGUUGGAACUGAAAUUUCCAGGGAACAAGAAACCAGUCGCGACUGAUAUUCUCAGAAAGAGAAUGCAGAGAGGGGUGAAAUAUUUUGAUUCUGGUGAUUAUGCAAUGGCGAAGAGCGAGAAAAAAGGAGGCCCAGCGGCAGCAAUUAACAGAGGAAAACCAAUGCCUUGUAUGCCGCUUGCAGUCGGAAAAGCUAUUCCUACACCUGAGAAUAUUCCACACAGGAAAACAUCUGUACCUACGGAUUAUCACAGUCGUACAAGAAGUGGAGAAUAUAACCUAGUAAUGGAUCAAUAAACUUCUGGUUUGGAAUGUACUCAAGACUUCAUCUUCUUCACCUAAAUUAAAAAUAACAGACUGACCAUUCUAGCUAUAUGAUCUGCAACAAUCCUCUGAGGUAAUUAAUGCUAAAUGCAUCUUCCAUGCGUGACAGCUUCAGGUUUACUGUAAAGCUUGUUUAUUCAAUUCUGUAGUAUGUCAAACUUCUGUUGAAGUAAUUUUAAUAUAUAAAUGAUAACUAGUCUUUUUCUAGUUAAUUUAACCACAGCAGCUAUAAUUUUUUGGCUACAGUAAAUGGUUAACUGAAUGAAGUACUCUUUGUACAAUGUUAGUGCACUACAGAAAACUAGAGAAGCCUAGACUAUUUUUGUUAUUAUUUAUUGCGUGGUAACUUGGGUAAAUAAUGUCCAUUGGGACACAAUGUAUUUUAUUUUAUAAUGAUUCAAGUGUGCUAUCCCUCCAAUGACAUUUUCCUCAUGGUAAUUGAUGAAUUUGUGGCAAAUUGUAAACGUACAAGAACAAUCUCUUAGCUCUUUCUCCUGCUUCAAAACUAAUAAACUGCACUAAAAAAUAAACCCCAGAUACCACAUCUUUUCAGACUGUAAUAACACCAAUGAUCAAAUACGAGCUUAUAAACCUCAUCACUAGAUUAGCUCUCAAAGAAAAUACCUCCAUUCUUGAUUUUUGAUCACGCAUUUUCUGGAAAUUAAAUUUGGCCUCUAAAACAAGACACAAUUAAUUGGUAUGACUGUGCCAUUUAUUACCGGGAAAAAUUUCAGAGGGAAUAGCAAUAAUGUUAAAUAUGUAGUAUUUUCGUUUAAAGACAUUUCAGCAUUUGUGUGUUGGUUGUGCCAUGUUCAGGACAAGAAAUGAUACACUUUAUUUAUAUGUGUACUGUAACGAGUACUUACACAACCCCGAGCGUCAGUAAAUGUUUCAACUUUUGAAUUUGUGUUUUUAACUUGUUAGCAGCAAGUUAAUCAGUCAAAUUCACCACAUUGUAUUCUUUAUUUAAUUUCUUGCCAAGUAUUUACAACAAUACAGCUCACCAUAUCUCAUUUGAAAGGGCCCAAAAAGUACUUUCCAGAAAAGAAAAGGUUGUCUUCAUAGAAAGUAAUCAUUCUUUUCUUACUUGGCUUGUUGACCAAAUUCUCCCUGAUCUUAGUAAAUAGAUUUGGCAUUGUAACUGGAUUUUAAAUAUGGACUUGAGUAGAAAUUGCCCCAUAUCAGACAGUUGAGACCAUAUCUACUUGAUUAAGCGCCACUCCUGAUUAAGUGUUGCAUCUGAGAGCAAAAAUAUACAGUGACUCUCUUGAAGCGCUGCAUUCAUUUGCAAUGCAUCACAGACUGAAUAAUUUAUUGUUUGAGGAGUCAACUAUUACUAAAGAACAAGUAUAGGAUAACUCAGAUUAUCUAAACCAGCCCCUGAAAUUUAUUCUCCUGGGUUACAGUGUUUUUUGGUUCAAAGUGGCUAUGUUUUGUUGUUAUCAGUUGCUUGUUAUCACUGACAAAUUCCGUGACUUUUUAAAGAGCGGCUACGCUGCCCCUGAAUAAGUACUACCGGCAACUGGAAUACUGAAAAAUUAAAGAGGACCACGGCACUCAAUCGAGUAAAUACAGUAGUUGUUUUGUAUUAGUGGAGCCAGUUGCAGUAAAUAUUGUUUGAAGUUCAGAAACUUACAGCCCUGUAAGAUGAUCUGUUGACCUCAACAUCCAUCUUGCGAUAUUCUAUGUAACCAGGCUGCUGAUGUUCAGUCAGAGGUCAGUUCACCAAUAUUGUAAAUGUGGUAGAAUUUUCAUUGUUUCUGAUACCAGUGUUAGAAGUGUGAUGAAUUCUUUCAGUUAAUAGCUGUGGAAAAAAGUCAUGAAUUUGUGUUGUCUAUUGAAACUGUGCAUGGAAACAAGAUUGAAGAGCUGCUAAGAUUUAACCAUUUAAACACACGUGCUCUGGGAGAGACCGAACUCUGUAACAAACGUGCUUGGGCAAAUUGCCUUGACAAAUGGCACACUCCAAUGGUUGUGACUUGCCUUUUCCUGGCAAAGAUGAUCUCAUCAGCAUAGCCAGUAUGCAAAUCGACUAAAACACGAUCUUUUGAGAGACAUGAUCUUUUGUGAACUCUUCAUAUGCUUUCCCAUUCAAUUUCCAGAAACACCCCUCUCAAAUGUCUUCUUGGUUUCCUGAGGAAUUGUGAACUCUUAAAUUAAUAGCAGUGCUAAUUUGCUAUCAGAAACAGCUGUGAUAUCUACCAUGUUUAUGAUUGUUGAACUCUCAACUGACUUCACAUGCUUGACGCAUGCUUGACGCAUGUAACGUUGUAAUUUCAUUUAACAACUUAGAUGCAAAAAACUGACCUAAAACAAAAUAAAAAAAUGUAAGAAAAAGUCAAUUGAGUACUUUGAAAAGAAGUUUAAAAGUUUCAGUGUUGAUUACCGAUUAGAAGUAAUGGGGAUUUGUGGCAGUAAGCAGACGUAUUGUGUCAGAAUGUUUUUCCUAAUUCCUCUAGUCACCUUACUCUUGAGGGGCAAGUAGCCAGAGGAGAAGGGCAACUGUAAUUAUAUCAGAUUGAAGAUCUGCUAUUUGCUGACAUAAAUCAUUCCCACUACUUAAGAGUUUUGUCACCUUUACUGUGUGCUGUUGUCAAGUCAUGUUUGUUAUAGGUAAGUCUAUCUAUCUUUUCUAAACAAUUUUAAAACUUUAUUCUCUCAGUAGAGAGCAAUAUUGUUAGCUUACGAAUUAUGUUUUCGAAGGCCAAGGCUAUCCCUGUGGGAGUUGUAUAUAUGUGGCAUUAUUUGUUGGUUGUAAAAAAUAAACAUAAAGUAAAUUUUA